UGUGCAGGCAGCCGGUGGUAGCUCAGGAAUCUGACUGACACCGCGGACUGGACAGCGAGUCACUCAGUGAGCGGAACUACUCGUGGAUCCAGCCGCUGAGCGCACAAGCAUCCAGCCUUCAUCUCAGCGGGAAAAGAGACUUUUAUUAGCAGUAAAAACAGGAAGUUACCAUGAUGGCAGUCCUGGGCAGCGCCGGUCGCUUGAUCCAACUUGCCAGGAACACCGUCAGUCUGAGUGUAAGGAGACGCUCCACUGCUGCUGCUUUAGCCCAGACUGCAUCUCCAGAAACACAGGAAAACAGGAAACCUAAGACGGGCAUCUUGAUGCUGAACAUGGGAGGGCCCGAGAAACUGGAAGACGUUCACGACUUCCUGCUGCGGCUGUUCAUGGACACAGACCUGAUGAAGCUCCCUGUACAAAAUAAACUCGGUCCGUUCAUCGCCAAGCGCCGCACGCCAAAGAUCCAGGAGCAGUACAGUAAGAUCGGAGGAGGCUCCCCCAUCAAACACUGGACCUCCAUGCAAGGGGAGGGCAUGGUGAAGCUGCUGGAUGAGAUGAGUCCUCAGACAGCUCCUCACAAGUUCUACAUUGGUUUCCGGUACGUUCACCCGCUGACGGAGGAAGCCAUCGAGGAGAUGGAGAAAGACGGAGUGGAGAGAGCUGUGGCCUUCACACAGUAUCCUCAGUACAGCUGCUCCACCACAGGCAGCAGUCUGAACGCCAUCUACCGUUACUACAGCAACAGAGGCGACAGGCCAAAAAUGAGGUGGAGUGUCAUUGACCGCUGGCCCACACACCCUCUGCUGGUGGAGUGUUUUGCAGAACAUAUCAGUAACGAGCUGCUGGCGUUUCCAGAAGACAAAAGAGACGACGUUGUCAUUCUGUUCUCAGCACACUCUCUCCCUAUGGCUGUUGUAAACCGAGGUGACCCAUAUCCUCAGGAAGUAGGAGCCACAGUUCAGAGAGUCAUGGAGAGACUUGGACACUGUAACCCUUACAGACUGGUGUGGCAGUCCAGGGUGGGGCCCAUGCCGUGGCUUGGCCCCCAGACGGACGAUGUGAUCAAAGGCCUGUGUGAACGAGGGAAGAAGAACAUCCUGAUGGUGCCCAUCGCCUUCACCUCUGACCACAUAGAGACUUUACACGAGCUCGACAUUGAGUAUGGACAGGUACUGGGGGAGGAGUGUGGGGUGGAGAACAUCAGGAGAGCUGAGUCGUUGAAUGGGAACCCUCUCUUUAUGAAGGCUCUGGCAGACCUGGUCCAGUCCCACCUGAAGUCCAACCAGCCCUGUUCCCGCCAGCUGACCCUCCGCUGCCCGCUGUGCACCAACCCCACCUGCGGAGAGACCAAGGCCUUCUUCGCCAGCCAGACACUUUCAUAGAAUCACACACACACUAUGGUGCCCUUCCUGCAGCAGAGCUACCUGUGAAGAAAGUUAAGGCCUUCUUCUAUAAGCAGAAGAUUCACAAACGCACACACUCACUCCGUCUCUCCAGCAAGAGUGUCUGUUAUUACAGUUUAACCACAGCAAGUACAUUACUCUAUGGGAAAGUAACUUCCAGGCAGAAAAUGUGAGACACUCAAUCACAAAUUUGCAUUAUGUAAAUGGGGGAAUGGGCUAUAUUGGGCUUUUGGUAACACAAACAAUAAAUGUGUGUGGUUUUGUUCUUUUAAAUGGAUCAGAUUCCACAAGUUGACAGAAUAAGAAUAUUGAAUAGCUGUUUCAUAUAAUAUAUAAGUCCACACAUGUAAAAAAAAAAAAGUAUUAAUAAAAUGCUAAUCAAAUUUAAAAUUGACUUGCUGGAAAUAACAUCUCCGCUUAGCACUAAUCUCAGAUUACCUGAAUAAACUUGAUUCGGUACAGAAAAACAAGUGCCCAUGUUAGGAUUUUUUGGCAAAAGUCGGUGCAGAUAAAAGAACUGCCACUCUGCAGAAAUUGAUCACAUCAAAGCUACAGGGGAAAAAGCCUUUGGUUUUUUUUGGGUAGGGGGAUUAUUUGCUUACGUCCAAUUCACCAUCAGAGACCCUGUUUCUCUUUCUGCUGGUGCUAAAUGAAUAACAGUCGGCCAUGACGACCUGGUUGGUUGGCUGGAUCUCUCCCCCGCCUCCUCACCCGUCACUUCAUGCCAUUGACAAACACACGUCAGCAACCCCAUCCAUCCUGCCGCAGUCUUUAUGUGAUUGGAGUUGGUUGGUGCUUGUCACGCUGCUGCCUGAUUGGUGAAUACCAGUGCGAUAUAGGAAGGAAUUGCGCUGCGACUUGAGGGUUUUAAGAGAUGUAGCUUUUGGCUGCGUUCACACUGCACGCCAAAGUGACCCAAAUCUGAUCUUUGACCAUAUGUGAUCUGAUAUUUUUUGUGUGAACAACCCAAGUCAAAUUGAAGCUGAUCUUUUCCAGUUUGGAUUUGGUCCACUUUCAUGUGAUGGUCCAAAUCAGAUACAGGUAGGAGUUUUUGAAAUGCGACCUCAGUCUGGACAGUCAGAUCAGAAUUCAUGCAACUCUGACGUCACUAUAGAGCGACUUUUGCCACAAUUCAGUGUGUCACGUGCAUGCGGAAACAGUAGGUGUAUUCGCACUGUGUAUAAUACAAGUGUAAUGAAUGCAAUUACAAAACAUUUGUUAUAAACCAGGAGAAUUGUGACCCUGGGAGGAAACUAGGAGAGGGCCAUGAAAAAUGAGAGUAUUCAAUGAAAGUCUGCAGGUUUGGCAAGUAUAUGAUGACCUCUGUGGCAUCCAUGUUUACUUCCAGACUAUAGUAUGCUACACAUGACGGCAUAUUAUUGUUUUGUGCUUGCAUGUCACUUCCAAGCCGUGGCCAGGUCACACUGGAGUUUGAUAUGGGCCACAUUUAAAUAUAAUAAAUAAAUAUAUAUUAAAAUUACAGUCAAUCAACAAAAUCAGAUCUGAAAAGGGAAAAUUGAGCUGUUGCAUCUUUACAUAUGCACCUUGUGAGGUAGUUGCGGGACGCACAAAAAACAGGUAGCUGAGUUAAAACCUACUGAGUUAUUUUUUUGCCGUAAGAUAAGCACAUAAGUUUUGUAAUUUUUACAGAAGUGAAUUCAGUCCAUUAGUGUGUCCUUGAUGGAAAAGCAAAUGGGAACAAAUGCUACUGGUUAUAAAAGUAUUCUGGCGGUCUGCAACUCUGCAGUGAAGUAAAAAAAAAAAAAAAAAGUGUAACAACAUAAUUUUAGGUCUGAUGCUUACUCAUCAGCUUUAUGUAGCAUCUUACAAUCCUGUGAAAAACUGAUGUCUGUUUUUGUUUAUUUUCUAUCACCACAUCUUGGCCCAUGACAAGACGGCAAACACUAGCUAGACCCGCACCUUUCUAUAAGGAACGCAGCGCUGACUGUGCAGGGUCUGCCAGUGACAUCGCUUUCCCAGUAGAACACAAACUAAACAGUACAGUGGGUCCUUUCAAAUGUUGAAAAGGACAGUGCUAAUGGUUGAUAGCUAAUGCUAUGUGGAAGGGACAACUCAGUUUUGUAUCAGUGUUCAGAGGCUGUACAGUGUGACCUUCUCCAUGGAAGUUGCCACAUUGUCUCAGAUGUCAGUCAACUGAUGCUGUUGGAAAAAGUUCAAAACUGAUCUGUAGUUUCCUCUGAACCCUCUCUCAUUACUGGGGUUGAGCGAGUACUCACUUGGCUGAAAUGAGUUCACAGUACAGAUAAUGUACUUUUUACGAGUAUCAUCAGAGUAAAAUGUGUCAAUAUCCAUUUUCUAAUAAAAAUACUAACUUUUAUUUUAAAAAAGAUCUGUAAGUAGUUAUCUUUACUAUUUAAUUUUGAGGUUGUUCUGUAGCUAGUUUCAUAAUAAGUAUAGUAAUCAACUAAUAUCUAAUUCAUGUUUAAAUGAACAAAUUCUGGUUAGUUCCACCCACAUCCAUUUUAAGCCCCGCCCAUUCUGAGUGCGAAUACGAAUCCGGAUAAUGUACUCGCUCAUCCAAACUACUUAUUAAAUCAUUAAGCCCUCUGAGCUAAUUCUGUGCAGAUAUUACUUUUGAUCACCAAUACUAUUGAUCUACUACUUUAAUUUAUGAUUAUCGGAAUUGAUUUUGUAACAUUAGCGCAGGCCUUUUCUAUUACUGUGAGAACACUGUAUAGGCCUAACCGUUUCAGUUUGAGGCAAUACGACAAAAUGCUUUUUCUUUUAAUUCAUGUCACAUCCUUGUUGGUGUGACAAGAGCUGAAAAAUAAAGUCACUUUUGAGGGACUGCAAGAAAAAAAGAUGCUGGCAUUGUCCUUCAAUAGCAAGAUGCAGUAUAUGUUCUUAAAAAAAAAAAAAGUGGCUGAGAAAUGACAGACGUCGAGUGGAUUAGACUUUAGUUUUAAGGUUGACUGACUGCGACUUCUGUCUGCCUCAGUGCAGUUUUGUUUUCGUCCAUUCACACCUCCCCGAUCACAGUGCAAUUUCUUGUUUCGCCGUCAAGUGCUACAGCUCCAAAAAUGUCUUGAAGGUCGGAUGUUUGAUCCCCUCUGCUGUCCCAUUUGCUCGGGAUGAGACUACCUAAUAAUGAGUAAAUGUCAAAAUAAAACACUUUUUAUGGGUUGUAACUUGACCUUUGACCUCUGCCCCUGUUCCCGCUCUUAAUGUUUUAGUCAUGUUAUGCCAUGAUAAUGUGCCUUUUACACUGGCUAACUAGAAAUACUGGACUUUUGCUUUAUGUUCUUUUUUACGUGUGUGUGAACCAAAAUGCUGAUGUGAAAAAUCCACCCUGAAAUCUGAAUUUACAUCUUCCUGCUGUGAUCUGGGCCAUCGACGGCUCUCUCCCUGUGUUGAAAUCCAGAAAAAGAGCUCCUUACUGAGGUGUUUUAUAUUCCAAACUGCCGUGAAUUAACUCUGAACUGUACAACUUUAGCUCGCGACCUAAUCUACGGACAGUGAGCUAACUAGAUAAAGGGCGAGCUAAAUGGCACGUUUCGACAAUGGGGGUAACCAUUUUGGAAUAAUACCACUUCGUCAGAGUAUUGAAAGGUUUUCCUGUCUCCAAUUCUGCUGAUGUAGUGCAAAUACAGCUUUACAGCUCGCUUGCUAGGUAACUAACUAACUUGCGCAUUAAAGGGCUCACUAGCUAGUUAGCUCUCUAGCUCACUAACUUGUUUAAGUGCAGCUAUACUGACGAUGAUGUGACAGAACAUACAGGAUGAUUAGUACAAGAUGGGCACUGACUUUAACAUUAAGCUUUAAGUUAUUUUUUUUAAAAACAGGAAAGUUGGACCAUCAGACCUGUAAUAUCUCUUAUUCUUUAAAUUUUACUUUUACCUCACUCUUUGAACGUUGCGACACGUUGUAACCAUUGGCAACUGCCAACGACGCUUGCCUGAAUUGUACAGUUGUUUUAGUUGGUACAUUCUUGCUUCCACUGUGUCAUACAUACAGCAAAGCACUUUACAACACAUAUUCUCAUUCCAUACAGACGACGUUACGUUAUGCUUUCACUGCUCUUCCACAGGUUUGAACGGGAUGGUUUUGAUUUUGAGGAACACUUCCUUAAAGACCUAAAGUUAGACAAGCUCAAGGAGUCUUGUUUUGUGUCGCUACAUACUAACUGAAGGUAUGUUAAAUGGUGACACUGACAUAGCUUAGCUCAAUUACUUGCUGUCAGGGUGUUCAAGUGGUAGCUCAGCUUAAAGGAGGAUUUCUGUAAUUGUGCUGAGCUGCAAGAUGAUCCCGCCGACAUUAUGCAAUAGAGCUAAGCUAAUCUCAUUAUGUGAUACCUUCAAACUGCAAAUCAGUGUCUGUAAGAAAAAAAGUUAAUCUAAAAGCCAAACUGUCACUUCACUACAACUGUCACUUAGAAAAAGUCCUAUUUGUGCAAAAUGGCAAACUGUUUAAGUCACAGCAGGAAGACAUGCUAAUGUCUGUGAUGGGUGGGUUUUUCCUCCACCAUCAUGUUUUAUGAUUUAUUUAUUAUCCUCUGUGUUUUGACAGGUCUGUUUUUAAGAAUGUUGCUGUGUGUUUAGCUGAAAAUGCAUUGCGCAGAGUUUUUGUUGUACAUAUAACACUGCUUUGUUGCAGCUCCUGCAUACUUUUGUUUUGCUGUUUGAUUUUUAUUUAUGUUUGUUUUUUAUGUGUUCCAGACCACACAAAACCAUCUGUCUCCACUGUUUGAACUUUUUAUUAAAUAUAGGCUAUAUUUAGGAGACAUGGUAUUAACAGUGCGAGAACACAUAACGAGUCUUCCUUCAAAAUAAAAUACAAUAAAAAAAACAACAACUGGUGA